GUUUUAUUUAUAUUGAUAAUUAUGAAGGUUAAUCAGCUGUUUAUCACCGGAAGAUCAACGUUUUUAACCCGCGGUGGCAUUUCCGUUUAGCAACACCGGCUACAAAUAAACCUGUCAGACUGGUCCAGUGGCGGCAAAGAGCCACCAGAGGCGGAAACGGGCUCCGUUACCGGGUCUGCGUGUUGUUAUAAAACUGUUAGGAAAAGUGGGUGUUAUAGUUCGGUCACGUCGAUUCUCGGUGAAGCCGAUUAGCUUCGCUGCUAACUUUGUUGCUCCAUUUACUGCUGCGUUCAAUAUCCAAAGGAAAAAACAACUUCUCCAAGAAAACUUGGUUCUUUUCAGGAUUGAAAUGGGAUGCGAAAACGGAAUAACUCGGUGACUGCGGAGCCUGACAGCGGGACCACCGGCACUCUGCUGGACAGCGACCCGGACCUGAAGCAGCGUCCCGGCAGGGGAGCAGCGGGGCUCGCAGCCGACGACCGGCAGGGCCCGGCAGAGGAGCGGAGCAUGGGGAAACCGUUCAGGAGGUUGGGUGUGGUGGGGAAGCUGAAGAGGAUCCUGCUGUGGCUGCUCGUCGUCUACGUCUCCAUCCCCUUCAUCAUCAAACUCUGUCCAUCCAUCCAGGCCAAACUCGUCUUCCUAAACUUCGUGAGGAUGCCGUACUUCAUUGACCUGAAACAACCUCUGGACCAGGGACUGAACCACACACACAACCUCUACCUGGAGCCUGAAGCUGGACUCAAGGUCGGAGUCUGGCACACAGUUCCUGCUCAGAUGUGGAGAGAAGCUCAGGGGAAAGAAGGCGAAUGGUAUGACUCCACGUUUAGCUCCACCCACCCCGUCAUCCUCUAUCUCCAUGGAAACGCAGGGACUAGAGGAGGAGACCACAGAGUCCAGCUGUACAAGGUCCUCAGUUCAUUAGGCUACCAUGUAGUCACCUUUGAUUACAGAGGCUGGGGGGAUUCGGAUGGCUCUCCAUCGGAGGGGGGGAUGACAUCAGAUGCUCUCUUCAUCUAUGAUUGGCUGAAAGAGCGUCUGGAUAAAAAGCCACUUUAUAUCUGGGGACACUCUCUGGGGACAGGAGUUGCCACAAACCUGGUCAGACGACUGUGUGACAGAGGAAGUCCUCCUGACGCUCUGAUCUUAGAGUCUCCAUUCACCAACAUCAGAGAGGAGGCCAAGAGCCACCCCUUCUCCAUGGUGUACAGAUACCUGCCCGGCUUUGAUUGGUUCUUCCUGGACGCCAUCACAGCCAACAACAUCCGCUUCGCCAGCGACGAAAAUGUGAAUCACAUCUCCUGUCCUGUGUUGAUUCUCCACGCUGAAGACGACGGUGUGGUUCCCUUUCAUCUGGGCAAGAAGCUAUACAACAUGGCCUCCCAGUCAAAGAGCCUCAGUGGUCACAAGGUUCAGUUCGUUCCCUUCUCAUCGUCUCUGGCCUACAAGCAUAAGUUCAUCUACAGGAGCCCAGAGCUGCCAAACAUCCUCAGCGAUUUUCUGGGCUCAGCUCAUCCCGACUCACAGUGAGAAGGACGACACACACUCUCACUGCACCACACACACUCUUUACUCUUUGUUUUCAGUGUGACCAAUGGGACUGAACACACACACAUCAUUCCUUUUCUCUCCGUUAGCAUUCUUCACACACACACACACACACACACACACACACACACACACACACACACACGCAUGGGGUUGGCUUCACAGCACACAGGUUAUUGAGCGUUUUUACGAACUGUAGAGCGAAGACAAGGACGAAGAUCAAACCAAACUGGACGACAGACGGAGCAACAUGAAGUGAAGAAUCUCUGUUUUUAUCUUUUUAAUAUUUUAUCAUCACAACCCGACACACACACAUACACACAGCGAGAGCUCGACUCUUUUCAACGUGUGUGAUUAAUUUCUGGUUUGUUUGCGUUGUCGGUUUUUACUCUCUGGUCCAUCUGAUCAUGUUUGACUCUGGUUUCUGGAGGAUUCAGGGUCUGGGUUGUUUGUAAAACUUCUCAGUUUGAAGGCCUGUUAUGACUUGAAUUAUGAAUUAAAUAUUUCUUGUUCUAUGUA